AAAGAAGCUGAUGAAACUGUCAAGAACUUUACAAAAAACACACUAAUAAAAGACUGGGCCUAAGUAAGAUAAAGUGGUCAAAACGUGGUUGUAAAACUUAAAAAUCAAAACAAGUAAAAAAGAACUGUUCGAUGCCGUUGGAAAGACACGCGUCAUACUCGUGGCUACACAAGAUUAAAUGUAAACAUUUAAACGGAUAUUAUGAUGAGAUAAUACAGAAUUAAUUUAUGAAUAACGCUAACGUAAAUAAACUGCCAUAUAUUUCUUCUGAGGAAACAAAUUUUAUUUUUUUGAAUAAACAUGUUCAACAUUAAGGAGCUCAAGUCUUCUUUCUUUUGGCGCUGCGUCGUAGCUGAACUUCUAUCCUCUUUAUUUUACUGCUUUGCAGCUUCGGCUGUCACGCUGAGAUUUUACGAAACAAAAUACAAAGACGGUGUACCCUCACCAAGAUGGAAAGAUCCAAGUGAACUAUCCAUGGUUUCACUUACCAUGGGAAUAACAGUGACAGCAAUAUCAUUUAUAUUCAAUGUUCGUUACGGAGGGUAUAUUUUGUCAACUGUGGCAUUUGGUCAUUUCGCCUGUUGGAGGAACACAUUAAUAGAAGUUGUUGCAUAUUUACUUGCGCACAUGUUAGGAGGAGUAACUGGAGCAAGUUUAGCAUACGGGCUCAGUAACGAAAACGAAGAAACACUGAAAAGUUUUCCUCUUUUAAACGUAUCAACACUGAAAGGGUGUAUUCUUGAAGGAGUGUUGACACUCAUCGUUGUCUUGGUGACGUUAGCGUGCACAGAUAAAAAAAGAAAAGAAAAAGUUUCUUCGACUUCUGUAGUCUAUGGAUGUGUAGUGGCUAUGGCUCAUCUAAUCGCGAUUCCAUACACCGGCUGCGUGUUAAGUCCAGCACGAAUUCUUGGCCCUGCUAUUAUUGAAAACCGCUGGCCAAAACAUUUGUGGAUUUAUUGGGUUGGACCAUUUACUGGAGGAAUAUUAGCCGGAAUACUCUACGGUAUCCUUUUCUCAAUCCAGCCACCACAAACUAGAGAUAAAAUCACAGCUAAGAGUAACUAUAUCAUUGAAAGACAGGUAAACGAGCAAAAGACACGGAUUGAUCUUGUUUCAUCGAACAAAAAUCGAGCUGUAGAUAACACCAUAUUCAUGACGGAAAUGUGAUGAUCCGAUUCUUACAUGAAAGUCUUGCGUAACAGAAAGAAAGCGGAUGAUGCUAAAGAAGUAAUUUUGCACGCACGUAGCCAAUCUCGUUCCCAAGGCAUAUUUACCGUUUUUAAUUUAUUUAAUAAAAACGGUUAAGGAACUAAAAUAACCUGGAGACGAAGAUGGUACUUGGCACAUUAUUUCUCGGGAUGUAUGUGACAUCACUUUGUGUAACAAGAACUCAAGGUUGUACACUUUUUGCUGUGGUAGCUGUAUAAAAUGUGAAGAAUUGGCAAUGUUUAAAUUUUACUUGUAAUAUUGAAAGUUAUAUGCGAAAAAAAUAACUAUGGAUUUUCACUAUAUUAUAGCUAGAAAGGUUAUCUAGCUUUUACUUUCACGAAAAGAUUGGCACAAGCCACUAACACUCUUAACAGGAAAGCCGGGUGGCUAAAGAACUGUGGAACUGUUAUAUCCGUGUUGUAAACGUUGUCCCGUUUAAAAACGCUUCACCGGAUCCUUUUUCAACGACACGUUUUUAAGCGGGUCGGUUAAGUAAACCUGUUUGUGAGCUGUACAUCCUAUUCCAAAUACAAAAAGCCAAGAAGUCCUGGGAAAGAAGUUGAUUGCAUUUAUGAACGCGACACAACUUCGCCAUUUCAAGGCAAAAUUCUUUAGACCUGGUUCAAGCCGUCCGGCAACGGCCGUACGUCACAGUUGUGAAUGGAACACACUGUUUUGAUAAUUUGAGAGUCUUUCUAAUUCUAUGUUCUUUAUUU